AUGGACAGCCUGGAGAGGCAGCUUAUCUGCCCGAUCUGCUUGGAGAUGUUCUCCAAGCCCGUGGUCAUCCUGCCCUGCCAGCACAAUCUCUGCCGAAAGUGUGCCAAUGACAUAUUUCAGGCGGACCCUCCUGUGUUUCAGUCCCGUGGUACGACCCUGGGGUCUGGUGGCCGGUUUCGCUGCCCAUCUUGCCGCCACGAAGUGGUCCUGGACCGGCACGGCAUCUACGGGCUGCAGAGGAACUUGCUGGUGGAGAACAUCAUCGACAUCUACAAGCAGGAGUCUGCCAGGUGCUGCCCCUGUCCCGCUCAGCCCCGAUUCCCACCCAGUCUGCUAGAGUGCCCAACCUGCGAGGAGCAUGAGGAAGAGAAGAUCAACAUCUGCUGUGUUACCUGUAGCGUCCCCACCUGCUCUCUCUGCAAGGUCUUUGGGGAGCACAAGUCCUGCGAGGUCGCCCCUCUGUCAGAUGCUUACCUGAAGCAGAAGUCUGAGCUGACCAAUGGCGUAGGAGCCCUGGUAGCUGCCAGUGACCGGAUCCAGGCCCUGGUCAGUGACCUGCAGGACACCUGCCGAAAUGUAGAGGACAAUUUCAAGGCGCAGAAGCAGACGUUAAACGAAAAGUUUGACCGCAUGUCAGCCAUCCUGGAAGAGCGGAGGAAGGUCAUGCUUCAGCGUGUGUCCUACGAGCAGGCGGAGAAGACGCGGCAUCUGCGGAUGCUGACCCUCACCUACAGUGACCACAUCGAAGCCACAUCCAAGCUGGUGGACACGGCGCUGCAGUCCAUGGAGGAGCCCCACGUGCCACUUUUCCUGCAGAACUCCAGGGUCCUCAUUCAGAAGUGGGUCCUGGAGCCGCACGGCGGGGGCCAGGGGCUGGGGGCCAGAUCCCAGGCCGGCGCGCAGGCCCGCGGGGCUGGACUCUUUCCCACCUCCUCCCAUCCCGUCCCUUCCCUGGCUCCCUGGGGUGCAUCCCAUCCCGUCUCUUCCCCGCCUCUCCCGGGAUCCCUGGGUGCAUCCCAUCCCAUCCCUGGCUCCCUGGGGUGCGUCCCUUCCCGUCCUUUUUUUCCCGGCCGGCGGCGCGUCCCGUCUUUCCCGGGAAACCCUCCGGACUCGCGCUGA